CAUGCCCAAUGAAGAUGCUGGACUCCUCCUACUAAUGUCGCUGCUGUUUCUGGCACGCCAUGGGUCUGACAGAAAAAAAAUCUGUGGCAGACCAUUUGAGAAAGGCAUUUGGGAUGCGAAACCGAGACUGAUCAUGUAUCAGAAUAGUUUUGUCUGGAGGUCUCUUUUAAUAUUGUCGGGUAGACUGACAUUUAUAUGUGCGUGAUUGUCCUUAGCGAAAUUUAGCACUUGGAAUUCUCAAAACUGUGCUAUUAGCCAGGUUGCUACCGCGGUAUGCGGUGAAAAGAAACGCCGUUUGUGAAGGAUAUUGAGCAAUUCAUCCUCAUAAAUCAAGCCUGGUGCCUUGGCCUUUCCCUUCACGCGGGUUCUUUGAAGAGUGGUCAACGCAGGGCAUUCCAGCUGCUUAGAAUGUUUUUACAAAAGAAAAGUAAGCUGCUAUCUGGAAACGCGUCUUGUCACAAAUGAUGUGAGCUUUAGCCCACCUCCACCACCACCACCACUACCACCGCCGCCGCCUGCAGCCCCUCUCCAACAUGAGCGAGGUCCAGGCCACAAUAGAGUUCUCUGUGGAGCUCCACAAGUUCUACAAUGUGGAUCUGUUCCAGAGAGGAUUCUACCAGCUCCGCGCCAGUAUGAAAGUGCCACCGCGGGUCCCUCACCGAGUGGAGGCCAGUCUGCUUCAUCCCUCAGGGUCAGACUUGGCCUUCCCUGCCAGUGUUCAAGAUGACGUCAUCUGCAGCAAGACCUUCCAGAUCCUCUACAAGAACGAGGAGAUAAUCGUCAACGACGUGCUUAUUUUCAAAGUCAUGAUGCUUCUAGACGAGAAGAAGGUGGAGGAAUCUCUAAAUGAGAUGGACUUCCAGCUCGCUCUGGACCUGUUCUUCACUGACGGCGACUACUCGCCUGAGGACCCCAGCACCCUGCAGAGCAUCAGCAGCCGGACGCUGCGCUUGCACUUUAGCCUCCAGCGAGGCAUCCAUCAGCAUAUCAACGUCAUGUUCGACUACUUCCACCUGUCCGUCAUCUCCGUGCUGGUCCACGCCUCCCUGGUAGCCCUACACCAACCCCUCAUCAGCUUCCCCCGCCAUGUGAAGAGUACGUGGCUGAACCGAAACGCCCCUGCGCAGAGCAAAGACUCCCUCAUCCCGCCUCUAGAGAAUGUGGUGUUUGGCAGCAGCUAUGUCAAGCAGCUAUCCCCAGAUGGGAAGACGUUCCUGGUGGCUGACCACUGCCUGCAGCAUGCCUUCAACCUGCACCAGAGCCUGUGUGCCAGCCUGCUGCUGGCCUACCAGGGCAUCUUCGGCUACUUCACCACCGUCACCAAGGACCUGCCCUCCUCCCAUCACAUGGAGCUAGCCAAGCCCAGCAUGCAGGUCCUUUAUGAAAGAGUUCUCAGAAGACCUUACCCCCGAGGCCAAAGGCACGUCACCAUAGAGAAACUUGACGUGGAGGCCCGUCUCGCUGAGCUUUGUGACCAAGUGAAGAAAGCAGAGAGUCCUGACGAGCUGGCAGAGCUGGUGAACAUGAACCUGGCCCAGCUGUGCUCCCUGCUCAUGGCGCUGUGGGGCCAGUUCCUGGAGGUGGUGUCCCUGCACGAGAGCAUCGCCGCCCUGCUGGCCUUGGACCACCACAUGCUAAGGGUCCGAAGAUUUGCAGAGGCUUUCUUUUGCCUGGAACACCCGCGUCAAACAGCACUUGCCUACCAGGAGCUCCACGCUUACAGCCACCAACAGAUGACUACAGCCAUCAAAAGCUCCUCCUACUUCCUGUCUCUGCCGCCAAUGGCCGUCGAGUGUGCCGACCUGGACGGGGAUGUCAACUCGCUGCCAAUCAUCUUUGAGGACCGCUACCUCGACUCAGUCACUGAGGAUCGCGAUGGGCCGUGGCUUGGGAUGCCCAACGCUCGCAGAGGGUCUGUGUCGGGCCGGUCAGACCGGUCCAGCUCCAGGGACAUCAGUGCCAGUGGCGCCAGCCUCCUCAGCCCGACCCCGGAGCCCCGGCACACCACCCUAGCAACCACCUGGCCCGAGACUGCUGCCGACCAGCAGCCGCUCAAGUCCAAAGCCAAGUCCAUCAAGAUGAAGAAGAACACCAAGACUGAAAACGCCAAGAAGCUGGUGCGGCAGACCUCCAAGGACUUGGUCAUCCUCACCGGCUACAAGCACCUGAAGCUGCCCCAAUCCUCCGAGCCGCUGGCCAAGCCCAGGGAGGCGGCGGAGGCCGGAGGAUGGGGGGAGGAGAGAGAGGGUCUCCCCCUCCCGGGAGAUGGUAGGAACAGUGCCAGUCUAGGGGCCAAACACGCCCCCACGCUGCCCGACCCCUUAGGGGAGGGCGAAUGCCAAACGGAUACCAGCUGCCAAAAGGACGAUUUCACCAACCUGCUCCGGCCCGGCGCACAUGGCAGGCCCCAGGCAGGCCCUGGAGCCGUAGGCCCUGAGAGCAGAGUUGCGCCAAGGGUGGAGCCGCCGCAGCAGGGGGGCCCCGCUGGAGGGCUCCGGCACAUCGAUGUGAAGCCCAGUGACAAGGACCCCUACCAGGGGGAGAAGGUCACUGUGCUCACACCAGGCUGGCUGGGGGGGGCCUCUAAGGCUGGGGAGCUGCCUGAGAUCAAUCUCUCGCAAGGGGGCGGAGGGGUGGAGGGGAUACAAGCAGUGGGUGUCCCAGCACAGGGAGAUACAGCGCAGGGUGUCAAGAGCGACUGCAUCCAGCUGCCCGAUGGGCCUCCCUCGGCCUCGUCACGCCUCUCGGACUCGGGCAUAGAGAGUGAGCCCAGCUCUGCCACCCAGUUGGCCCCAGGGCCUCAGCCGAGCGCCGACGCCAGCGCCGUGGAGCCCGUCUGGGUCCCCCAGCAGGCGGAAAAGCCCGCCAGGCCAGUCUCCACCGUCAGGCCCCUCCAGACGCUCCUGGGCUCCAAGAGCCUCGCGCUGCUCGAAGGGGGAGGCCCCUGCCCGGAGACCACGAGCGGCGUCAGCGGCGUCCAGUCCUCCCUCACGUCCAUCACCUCGCUCCCGUCUGACGAGGAGACCGAGAGCGAGCAGCCGGCUGGCGGCGGCAGGAAGUCAAGCGUGCUGGUGCAGGAGCAGAGCCUGGUGUUCUCAACCGACAUGGAUCCCUGGGAGCCGGCCAGCGCCCACGCUAACAACCCCCUGUGCCCCGCUAGCACAGCAGACGCCACCGCAGAACCCCCCCUGCUCCCUGCGGCCAGCCCAGGAGACCAGACGGUGUUCCUGGACCCCCCACCGCCGGGCGCCCCUGUCGGGGGUGAUGCUGUGGUGGGGGAGCCAGCGGCGGCAGCUGCGGUGGCCGGGGGAGGCCAGUCCAGCGCCUCGGGCACCAGCAGCACGGACCUGGUGAAGCGCGGCCUGGUGGAGAACUACUUCGGCUCGCGUUCCAGCACCGACGUGUCCGAGAUCAGCCCCGUGGAGUCGGCCGCCGUCACGCUGGGCGUCGGAGCCGGCGCCACUGCGACCGACCCACCGAGCGCUGCGGGCGGCGCCGCCGCUGCUGCCAACGAUGAAGACGAGGGUGACGAGGAGGAGGAGGAGGAGCAGCCGGAGCACGAGAGUAUUCAGAACGGUUACUACGAGGAGACGGACGGCCAGACCUACGUUAACGGCGUGGAGGCGGAGAGGGAGGGCGGGGCUGAGGGGCUGAGCCUGCUCUACGAUCAGGUGGGAUUGGAGAACCUGCUGGAGACGGGCGGCUCUGUGCGCCAGCCGGGCCCCUGCUGCCAACCCGGAGUAAUAGCCCCCGGCGCCACGAGCAUGCGCUGGUACGAGAACGUCCCAGAAGCACACAUGAAGCCGUUUGUGCAGGCCAAAGAGGAGCUGAAGCUGCUGAAGUUGCCUGGCUUCCUGUACAGUGAGGUGGCGGAGCUGGCCUCCACCACGGCCUACUUCAGCCUGGAGGAGGACGACAGCACCGACGAGGGCGUCCAUCUGGUGGUGUGCGUUCACGGCCUAGAUGGAAACAGUGCUGACCUGCGGCUGGUGAAAACCUACCUGGAGCUGGGACUACCUGGCUCUCAUAUAGAGUUCCUCAUGUCUGAACGGAAUCAGAAUGACACCUUUGCUGAUUUUGAAUCAAUGACUGACCGGUUGUUGGAUGAAAUUGUUCAGUAUAUUCAGAUCUAUAAUCUAGCUGUGUCAAAAAUCAGUUUCGUUGGCCACUCCUUGGGGAAUCUGAUUGUGCGCUCCGUGCUGACGAGGCCCAGGUUUAAAUGCUACCUGAGCAGGCUGCACACCUUCCUGUCUCUGUCAGGGCCUCACCUGGGCACCCUCUACAACAGCUCCGCCCUGGUCAACACAGGGCUUUGGUUCAUGCAGAAGUGGAAGAAGUCGGGCUCCCUGCUCCAGCUGACCUGCCGCGAUCACUCAGACCCUCGGCAGACGUUCCUGUACAAGCUCAGCAAGAAAGCAGGGCUCCAGUACUUCAGGAAUGUGGUGCUGGUGGGCUCUCUGCAGGACCGCUAUGUGCCCUAUCACUCCGCUCGCAUCGAGAUGUGCAAAACCGCCUUAAAGGACAAGCAGACAGGUCCGGUUUAUGCCGAGAUGAUUGAGAACCUGCUGCUGCCUGUGCUUCAGAACAAAGAGUGUAACCUGGUGCGCUACGACGUCAUCCACGCACUGCCCAACACCGCCAACUCACUGAUUGGCCGAGCGGCACACAUCGCCGUGCUGGACUCCGAGAUCUUCUUGGAGAAGUUCUUCCUAGUCGCUGGCCUCAAGUUCUUUCAGUAGACUGUCAAAAAGUAAGAUGGAGGGAGAACUCAGAGUUACCUCACAGCACCCAAACGAAAAGACAUUCAGUGCAAAUCACAUCAUUUUUUAGAUGAUUUUUUUUAAAGUAUGAUAUUUUCUUUUUUGUUUCCUUGUAGGAGGCAAAAUGAAAAACAAAAUAAGCAUCAUAUCAGUUUUUGUUUCUUAAACUUUUUUUGUUGUUUUACCUUUUAAUAGCUGGUGCAUUGUGAAUGUGUAAUUCUCAUUUUGAUUUUGAUUUUUCUACUGCCAUUUUUCUUUUUGUUAACGGAUGAUUUUAAUCAUUUUUUUAUGUACUGUCAAGGUAAUGCUAUUGUCUCCUCAUUUUUUUCUCGUGGUAUUUUCAGUGUUAUUUAUGUAUAUUAUAUUUUCCCGGUUUAAUUCCACAUUGUUAUCCAACUACACACGGUUAUUGCUGAACUGGAAAUGUAGCUGCUAAAGAUAUGAAAUAUUUAUUUUGCGGGAGGUGAACCAAGUCUGCUCUGCACAUCUUAAAAAUCUAUAUUUCAGCGCUCUGUUUUUCAUCAGACGGCAUAAAACAGCGAGACACAGAGAGAGAGAGAGAGAGGGAGAAAAAAAAACGAUUUUUUUAUGACACUUGUCAUUUUUACUACUCACGUUUUUUACAGAUCCAUUUUAUACAUCACAAAAGACAUGCUUCCAGACUAAUUCAGAAGAUUGUUGAUUGUAGCUUAGAGGCAGCAGUCUGGACCUGAGCGCUGGUUUUCCACACUGCUGCUCCUAGCGGUCGCCACGUCAUGCACAACACUAACCCAACCUGGAGUUGGGCAGGAGACCCUUGAAUUUAGAGCAUGGUAACAUUUUUACUACAGCGAUUAUAAGGUGACAGUUAGGCCAGGUGUCAGUUAUUUCAUACAGCACAAAGCGAUCAAUCAAAGUGGUUUAUGAAAAGUAUUUAUGUUUGGUAUCUGGGGUGAAAAAUUAUUUAUGCUUGUAAACGAGAAAACGGUAUUUUAAAUAAAAUAAAAAAUAAAAAUUUCUCAUUUGUCA